GAAGUGCAAACCCUCGGCGAACUGCGCAUGCGUCAUACCGCUAAUUGAUGGGCUGGGCUAUUAGUUUGCGUUUACUCGUAGUCUCCCGCUAGAGUAGCUCGAGGAGAGUCUGACACGGGCUAGCUACAGUAGUAUAUAGCAUGCGGGAGUCGAUACAAGCCAUUCGUUGUGACUUCUUGUGCCUCCAAGGCACACACAGCAAGCGGACCCGGUCGAGAUCUGUACACAGAGUAGUUGCUGGAGAUGAAGUGGAGACACCAGUUGCUCAGUUGAGGGGCAUUGUACAGCUGUGAAGUCAGCAAGAGUCC